CUGCCAGCCGCAUAGACAGGAGACAUGGAUCUUACAGCUGCCAGCGCUGACUGCUGCUACUGCUGCUGCUGAUCUUCAUCAGUACUUGGGGCAGAGUGAAUGAAGACUCAUGUGAAUGCUGUACUGUCCCUAUGAUUAGCGCUGGUUUUUCAAGUAUUAACUGAAGAGGGAAACAGCUUUUUAAAUAAUGCGGCAUUUCAUUGAAUUAUAAGGACAAGUGAAACAAUUUAACAUAAAAUAUUGAACUGAAUGUUGGAAGGAGUGCGCAAGAACCUGGUAUUACCUUCAACAUUUUUACUAUACCGCUGAAAUUAUGAGUGGGUUCCUUUCCUACCUGAACCCGCGGAGGAUUCCGUGGAGAGCCACUUGGCAUGCAUUUAGUUCAAGGGUUAUACGCACCAAGCCUGUAGAGUCAAUGCUGGAAGGCACCGGGGGAACUUCUGCCCAGGGACCCAAACUGGCUAAGGUGCUGACAACGUUGGAUCUGGUCUCACUAGGUGUUGGAAGCUGUGUUGGAACUGGGAUGUAUGUUGUCUCUGGAAUGGUUGCUAAAGAAAUGGCUGGACCAGGAGUAAUUGUGUCAUUCAUAAUUGCAGCUGUGGCAUCAAUCUUGUCUGGUGUUUGCUAUGCUGAAUUUGGAGUGCGUGUACCGAAAACCUCAGGCUCUGCUUACACAUAUAGCUAUGUGACUGUGGGAGAAUUUGUGGCUUUCUUCAUUGGAUGGAAUUUAUUAUUAGAAUAUCUCAUUGGCACAGCAUCAGGAGCCAGUGCUCUGAGCAGCAUGUUUGAUUCCCUGGCCAAUUAUACUAUCAGCCAUUGGAUGAUUGACAAUGUGGGAACAUUAAAUGGAUUGGGCAAAGGAGAAGAUUCCUAUCCAGAUUUUAUAGCUUUGGUUAUUGCUAUCAUCGUGACUAUAAUUGUAGCUCUUGGAGUGAAAAACUCAGUUGGAUUUAAUAAUGUACUCAAUGUUAUUAACUUCUUGGUGUGGAUCUUUAUCAUGAUAGCCGGUCUUUUUUAUGUGAAUGGAAAGAACUGGUCUGGAGAUUUUCUCCCCUAUGGAUGGUCUGGGGUGAUGACAGGCGCAGCAACCUGCUUCUAUGCCUUUAUUGGCUUUGAUAUCAUCGCUACCACAGGGGAAGAAGCCAAGAGUCCAAACACCUCUAUCCCAUAUGCCAUUACUGCUUCUUUAAUCACCUGUUUGACUGCUUAUGUGUCUGUGAGUGUUAUAUUAACAUUGACAGUGCCAUACAACAUGAUCGACACAGAAUCCCCGCUGAUGGAAAUGUUUGUAGUUCACGGAUUUUUUGCUGCAAAAUAUGUUGUUGCUGUUGGAUCUGUCGCAGGACUCACUGUGAGUCUAUUUGGCUCACUGUUCCCUAUGCCGAGGGUCAUUUAUGCAAUGGCUGGUGACGGGCUUUUGUUCAGGUUUUUGGCCCAUGUCAGUUCCUAUACAGAAACUCCAGUCGUGGCCUGUGUUGUCUCAGGAUUCCUUGCAGGCGUUCUGGCUUUGUUAGUGAGCCUUCGUGAUCUGAUAGAAAUGAUGUCAAUAGGAACUCUAUUAGCAUAUACACUGGUGUCUGUUUGUGUCCUACUACUGCGUUACCAGCCCGAGAGUGACAUUGAUGGCUUUGUUAAAUUUAUCUCAGAAGAGAACACCAAAAAGAAGGAAGGAAUCCUGGCAGAGUGUGAGAAGGAUGCAUGUUCUCCUAUGAGUGAUGGAGAGGAAUUCAGUAGCCCAGCCACAAAUACCUGUGGUGCAAAGAAUCUGCCUUCUCUCGGAGACAAUGAAAUGCUUAUUGGCAAAUCAGAUAAGUCCCACUACAAUAUAAACCACCCCAAUUACGGCACAGUUGAUAUGACACCCGGAAUUGAAGCAGAUGGGUCAGAAAAUAUGUACCUUUUUAAACUAAAGAAAUUUAUAGGCCCGCGAUAUUAUACCUUACGAAUCCGUCUUGGUUUGCCUGGAAAAAUGGAUCGGCCAACUGUUGCAACUGGCCGUACAGUCACCAUAUGUGUCAUGCUGCUUUUCCUUCUCAUAUUAAUCUUCUGUUCAUUUAUUAUAUUUGCUGCUGACUAUAUCUAUGAACAAACAUGGUGGGCUAUUGUCCUGGUUGUCUCAAUGGUCCUGCUGCUCGUUGCCUUGGUGUUUGUAAUCCUUCAACAGCCAGAAAACCCCAAAAAGCUGCCAUAUAUGGCACCAUGUGUCCCUUUUGUCCCUGCUUUUGCCAUGCUGGUAAAUGUGUAUCUCAUGCUGAAACUGUCAUCAAUUACAUGGAUUCGCUUUGCUAUCUGGUGUUUUGUUGGCCUGUUGAUUUAUUUUGGCUAUGGCAUGUGGAACAGCACCUUAGAAAUCAGCGCCAGAGAAGAGGUUCUCCAUCAAAGCACAUAUCAGCGCUACGAUGUUGAUGACACCUUCUCUGUGGAUGAUGGAUUCGCCUAUCCUUCAGAAGAAAACGCCCAAGACUGGGGUGGCACGGAAACAAAAGACAGCUACUAUCAGCAGGACCCAGCAACAGAAGGCAACAGCCAGAUGAACAGUAGGCCCAAAAGUAAACGGAAGCACAAACAGGAUUCUGAUGCACUGAUUGCCAACGAUGAGUUAGACUAUGGAGCAGAAUAAAUCCAAACCAAUUUUGUGCUUCAUCUCUAUGAAUAUGACAGCUUCAUCAGCUAGAAUUUUGCUUGCUUUCCUCAUAAACUCUGCUGCUUAUGUUAUUACGUUGUACGCAAGUGUUCAGUCUGUUGUAAUUUUCCUACUUGUUUUAUGCAUCACUUCCUGUCCUUGAAUACAAGUUAAAGGAUAACCCUAAGAGUUAGCGUUCACUUAUGGUCACAAAAAAAGCAUUUUGUGAAAUACAAAUAUUUAUACAUGUAUAGUGUCUUAAUCUUUAUGUGGAAGAUCCGUGGAGUUGCAGCUGACAUCUUGUGGCAGUUGAGACUAAUUAGAGAUUAUUUUAUUUUUGCAUUCCUCAUUUUCUGUGCAUAGACUAUGCCUAGUAAAGAGGACUGUGAGCAAAUAGUUUUUCUCACUUUUAAAACAGAGCAAACUAUUUUAUGGAUCUCUAAGUUUGUCAUGGUAGGAAACUAAUAUCUGUAUGUGAAUUUUACAAAAUGCUUUUAGGUGUGUACUGCAACUGUCUCGCCAUAUGUACACAUACAGGUAAAUACUGGACAUCCCUUACUCAACAACAUGGUACACUGUAUACAAAUGGCUUAGGUUGAGGUCAAGAAUUUAGAUCCUUUACAAGCCUUGGUCUUUCACUGGAAGAAUUAUUCCAAUCAACCAUGUCUAGAUGCCUAGUACUUAAAGGAGAACUAAACCCCCCCCUAAAGAGUCCCAAUCCACUACACUCCAUUGGCCCCCCUCAAUGCUUCCUCCCCACAUAGUGCAUUAUUUAAAACAGUGUCCCUGAAUGUCAUACCAACCUAUCCAUGAAGAGUAGUGCAGUGGAGCUCAUGGGCUCAAUAUUCUGUACCUUCAGAUCCUCUUUUUCCCGUCUACAAUUUACGGAACUUUCCAGCGCAUGUGCAUUAGGUGCAAAUAUCAGACUAGCUCCAACUGUGCAUGAGCAAAAAAGCUUAGUGUCAGUGGUCACUUAGCGAAGGAAUCCAAAUAUACUUAGGAUUGCGCCCAUGAACUCCGAAGCAUUACUCUGUAUGGAUAGGUUGGUGUGACUUUUUUUAAAUAAUAGACUAUGCAGGGAGAAAGCAGGGAGGGGGCGAAUGAAGCGUAGUGGAAGGGGAAUUUACCUUUAGAGGGGCUUUAGUUCUCCACUAUAUUCCUGCUCUACAGGAGUUUCUGUUCUACUUACUGUACCACGUGUUCAUAGUCAGGGUGGCAGCAUACACCAAAACAUAGGGAUAACUUAUUAUCAACAAUCUUUUUAUCUAGGGGCAUACAAGGUUUCCUUUAAAACACGUGUAACUGUGUGUUUGUGUCGUUUGUCUCAGACUGUAUUACUCAUUGUAAAUAAUUCACCAUAUUUAUAACUUCUUCUAUCAUUCACUGUCUUGCAGAGAGUCAUUUCCCAGUGUCACUGUUGGCAUCACAAAAAUCAGAUUCAGAAUGUGAUGAACCUUACAUUAUGUGCCUCUUCCAGUUGAUCCAAAGAAGGUGCCCAUGCCUCUAUGGAAGUAUUUACUACCAAGAGUGUCUUAACAUUUGUGUUGGCACAGGAACCAAUUAGCGCUGUCUUUAGCAGGGUACAAGAAAUAUUUGUGGGCGCCCUAGUAUAACUGUUGUAUGCAGACAUAAAUUAUCGACUUCCAUUGCAACCCAAAUAUUUCUGUAUCUUCUUGGUAGUAGCUGCACCUUUGGAUAGUGACUAAAACAAGAUGGUGAAAUUAAACCUUUGUACUACAAAUUUCAACAGCCACAGCUAGCCAAUAAUGUCUAUUAGAGGCUGCUGGGAGUUACUGUUCAGUAACAGCUGGAGAAAAAAUACAUUUUUAUAUAUAGAAUAUUUUCCUGCAUGUUGACAAAUGAAAAUUUUAUAAUGGUUCAGAGCAUCUUAAAUUGUGAUUGAUGAUUUUCCAUUAGAGAAAACAAAAACUAUAUUUCUGAUUAAAUUGGUAGUUUUUUUUUCUUAUUAUCAGAAAACCAUCAGUAAUCUCCUGGUUAUCCAUAAAGGAACAAGCCAUCAGCUCCACAGCUGUGGUUUUCCUACUGCCUUCAGUUAACAAAACUUCUCAGAGGAGAUACAGCGUAUGCCCUUGAGUGUGCCACACUUUUCUGCCGGUUUCAUCAUUUAGAUUCCCAUGUGCUCUUGUUCUAACACUUAUUUACACCAUUCAGCAUGCAGGAACAGCAAAUCCAAAGAUGCCUUGACUUUUUCAUUCCCUUUCCAAAGAAAACAGCAGAAUAUUCCAAUUGCAGUAGGAUAAACAAAUGGAUUUAGAUGUUGGACCUCAAUCUAAUGCACACUUGGUUGGAUGAGUACAAUCCACUUCUGACAAUUGAAUUAAACUGGCAAAAGGGGCAUAUGCCCAAAGUCAGCAAAAUGGGGGGGGGGCAGAGUGGCAGCUUUAGACCUUUUGUCUACCUUUCAAUGAAACGUCCAACAUAAAUGGCAAAACCCUUACCAUCAUUUUAAUCAACUGCUAGAUCUCUAAAACAUCACCAUUUAGAUUUGUUUUACUUUUUAUUUGGACAACGUACCCACGGGUUCUUUCUAAAAAAAAAAAAAAAGCUAGUUUCUUUAGUGGAGACUUUUUUCUUAUGGUGUCCUAUGCAGAGAAAUAUAGUGCCAGAACUAGGGGCAGGCAGAGUAGUCAGGUGCCUUGGGCUCAGUUCUUUAAAAUAUAAGCACCCAAACUAUACAAGGUUGGUAAACCCUGAUACCCACCUGCACAAUCAUCCAGCUCUGCCAUCACACUUAAUAUGAACCUAACCCCCAAAAAUGGAAAAAUCAAAAUGUGAAAGGAAUAUUAUUAGGGAUCUAUUAUGUGACCCUGCAUGGCUUUGGAACUGUGUGGGUAUUUCCAGUUGUCAUGAAGCAUCCAUACAUUAAAUACACACAAAUUAAAGGGGGCAUAUUGUCAUAAAA